GCCUCAUCACAACCACAUCGUCCGAUUGCAAACUGCACUCACGAAGAGACUGCACUCACGAAGAGACUAUGAUGAGUUUGGAAUUUCUUGUCUGACAGAGUCGUCAAACGCGCUACAUACCUUAGCAUGGGUAUUCCAAUCUCGGUCGGCGACGCAAUACUACUAUCGCAGAUUGCCUGGAGCAUCGGCGAAGCCUUUACUUCCGGACGCAAGUCGGCCCCAGCCGAGUUCGCAGAAAUCCAGGAUCUACUUUUUACGCUCGGCGAGGCGCUGAAAGUGCUAGCAAAAGACUUGCCCGUUGGCAAUCAGGUUGCGCAGGCAGAGAGAGUGGCCGACGGACAGGCUGAUAAUGCCGUCCCAGAAGCCGACGACGCGCUCCUUGCGCAAAUGAUAUUAAAUUGUCGAAGUACCUUGACAUAUCUCAAGGCUAUGGUGGACAGAUACAUGGAGUUAGACAAGAAUGAUGGACAGAGGGGACAAAAGAAGUGGAAAGAUGAGGUGAAGAAGAAUUGGAAGAAGUUAUUGUGGACAAAAGAGGGGGGAGAUAUUAUCAAGCUCAAGACGACACUCUCAGCUCAUAUCAACGGGCUCAAUCUAGCCCUUUCGGCAAUCAAUAAGCGCUAUGGCCGUGAAGUCAAAAGCCAUGUCGAGGGCAUGCACACCAAGCUUGAUAGCAUUUACGAGUGGUUCAAGCAGAAUCUUCAAGGGCAGCAAGCUGCAACUGCUUCGGCAUCUCCGCAGUAUCACCUUGGCUCAGAAGUGCAAAAUCAUGGGGGACUUUGGUUCUCUGUUUCCAUUCAGAUCAUGCCAGGUCGUGAAUACAUGAACCUUCACUGUCCACGAGCAACGUUUCGAGAUAACUGGCUUGAUGAUAAGGACCCAUUCAGGGUUGCGCCGAGUAUAUUUCAGUGCUGUUGCUCUCGAAACUCAACAGCAUUAGACCAUGCAGAAUCUCUCCACGUGUCGUUAUUACCGUCCAGUCUACUAGUCCAAGUAGCAACUCUAGACUCCGAGCCCCCGCGCUGGCACAUGUACGCUGCUUCACGGAGUACACCGCACAGGAUCAGCUCGAUCUAUAUUUCAGAAGUCGAGCCGACAAACUUCGAAGCCGCAGCGUCCUGCCUCUCCCUUGUGCAAGCCCGCCAACACCUUCUUCGCAAUCAAACCACACGUCUUGUCUCCUUCAACGCUACUGCAGGGUCUUCCUCUGAUGAAUACUCGGACGGAAUCGUGUCCGUCCUAGCCUCGAAAACGGAACAGGUACCCGAAUAUGACGAAGGGACCUGUACUCUCUUAUUCACCGUCGGUGAGCGGCAGUUCCGUGCUGCUGCAGAUUCAGCUUAUUCAGUUCUGCAUUACAAGAGUAUGCCUGAGGGUGCUGUAAGGCAGGCACCUAGCGAUACGUCGUUUAGCAAGCCGGAGGAUACUUCAAGAGGCGGUAUCCCACUAUCAUCUGCUAUGGAUUUCGAGCUUCAACAACCACAUGCUGAGGUGCUGUUUCAGGAGACCAACAAGAUGCUCGGUGGUGGAGGAGACAGCACUUACUAUAUAUCUUUUCACCAUAACACCACCAUAUCACGUGGCAGCGGCCGCCGCACCAUCUGCCUGCACGAUAUUCUCGUCGUAUCGGAGCAGAAAACGGACUCUUCCCACAGUGCUACAAUCCAACAAAUAAAAUGCACUUCCGUCGACGUUGAGUUCGGAGAAUCAACCGGUAAGUCGUUGUCGUUACCUUUCCUCGUCUGCCUUGGAACCCUCUCAGCACCUGAAUAACACCAUUCCACCAUCCUAGAAGCACAAGCCUUCCUCUCGUCCCUCCAAGCUAUGCAAUCAAACCUCUUCCACCUUCACCUAACCCGCCACCUAUUCGGCGAUCACAUCCUCUUUCAGCGCUUCGCAGGAGACAUGGUCGUGCAGGACCAAAUCCUUCCC